AUGACUGGGAGGGGAUUGGAACACCUGAAUCACAUGAUUGGGAGGGGAUUGGAACACCUAAAUCACAUGAUUGGGAGGGGAUUGGAACACCUGAAUCCAAUGAUUAGGAGGGGAUUGGAACACCUGAAUCACAUGAUUGGGAGGGGAUUGGAACACCUGAAUCCAAUGAUUGGGAGGGGAUUGGAACACCUGAAUCCAAUGAUUAGGAGGGGAUUGGAACACCUGAAUCACAUGAUUGGGAGGGGAUUGGAACACCUGAAUCCUAUGUCUAGGAGGGUAUUGGAACACCUGAAUCACAUGAUUGGGAGGGGAUUGGAACACCUGAAUCCAAUGUCUAGGAGGGGAUUGGAACACCUGAAUCACAUGAUUGGGAGGGGAUUGGAACACCUGAAUCACAUGAUUGGGAGGGGAUUGGAACACCUGAUUCACAUGAUUGGGAGGGGAUUGGAACACCUGAAUCCAAUGAUUAGGAGGGGAUUGGAACACCUGAAUCACAUGAUUGGGAGGGGAUUGGAACACCUGAAUCCUAUGUCUAGGAGGGUA